AUGAAAAUAAUUUUAACUCUUUGUUUGGUAGCACUCGUUUGCUCUCAACAAGUGUUUAAAUCAAAUGAAUGUAAUGAUUGUGGUUUAUUCAAAUCACAAAAUGAUUGUGAAGGAUAUAAACCUGUAGCAUGUGAAUGGAUUGGAGCCUCUGGAACAACACCGGCCAAAUGUUAAAAGAAAGAUGGAGGAGGAUCUUAAUAAGGAACAUUCAAACCCUAUUGUGAAUUAGUUGAGAAACCAGAAGUGAAUUGCUCAAAGACAUUUGGGUGUGCUUAUUUAGAUUCAAAAUGUGUGCAUUUUGCAGGAUGUUCGGCUUACGUUAAAACUACUCCUUAAGAGUGCUAAGCAAUCUCAUAUCGUUGUGUGAGUGAUGGCUUUGCUUGCAUUGAAGCAAAAGAAUGCAAAGACUACAAUGAAAGUCAAUGUGAAAUUACUCCAAGUGUCUCAGGAAUUUUGAAAUGCAAAUUUGAUGGUGGAACAUGCAGAGAUUAUGGAUGUUCAGAAGCAGAUCUAACCUUUACUACUGAUCAAUAAUGUAGUGAUUGGUAAUCUACAUGUAUCACAAGAGGAAAGGGAUGUUGGACAAAACCAUUACCAAAUUGCUCAACUUACACAGGAACAGAAGAAUAGUGUAAUUCUUUUAUUGGUUUUGAUGGUAAUUGUGAGUUAGCAAAAGAUACUACAAAUUGUAAAGCAAGAGAAUGUGCAAAAGCCUCAAAUACUAUUUCUACAGAUGAUGAAUGUAAAUCAUAUUAAAAAGGAUGUAUAACAACCGGAAAGGGUUGUUAUUUAGGAACAACAAAACCAUUAUGUUCAACUUAUGAUGGGGAUAAUACAAGUUGUGUUGGAUAUAUUGGAUCUGAUGGAGUUUGUGAAGGUGAUGCUGGAGGUACAAAAUGUAGAGCAAGAAAAUGUGAAAAUGGAAACUUUAAGACUGAUGAAUAAUGUAAAGACUAUUAAAAGACUUGUGUGACAAAUGGUGUAAAAUGUGUUAGUGCUUUACAAACCUGUAGUACAUAUAAAGGUACUGCAACAGGAUGUAGUGCUUAUAUUGGAAGUGAUGGUUAUUGUACAGGUACUAGUACAACAGUUGAAGCAAAUUGUGUUCCAAAAGUUUGUGAUUAAGCUGGAGAUACUUUUACUACUGAUGAAGCAUGUGAGAAAUAUUAAAAAGGAUGUGUUACAACUGGUAAGGGAUGUUCAACUAAAGCUGCUUUGAAAAAAUGUACAGAAUAUGAUGGAGAUUCAACACAAGCAUGCAAUUCAAGAAUUGGAUCAGAAGGUAGAUGUACUUGGAGGAGUGGAAAUAAAUGUUCACCUAGAGAUUGUACUUCUGCACCUACAUCAACAAAUACAAACCCACUUUGCAGUAAUUGGUUUACAAAUUGUGUAACAACUGGAUCAGGUUGUGUAAGUGCAACUACAUGUGAAUUGACAGUUAAAUAAUAAAGUUGUGAAGGAACAAAGGAUUGUGUUUGGUAACCUAUAUGUACAGAGAAUUCAUCUUGUUCACAAUUUAAAAGAAAAGCUAUUUGUAUGGCUAAUACAGCUAGAGUUUUUGAUGGAUAUGCUGAUGUAUAAAGAACAAUUGAAAAGUGGGUAACUCAAAAAUGUGGUUGGGGAUCCAAUGGUUGUGAAAAUCUUUAAUGCUCUCAUCUAACUGGACCUUUCUAUAGUAUUCAUGCUAAUUGUUAAGCUGAAAUGAGUACAUGUAUUAGUAAUGGAGUUGAUGCUUGUAUUACUAAAGUUGAAUGUUCAAAAUUGAAAGGAACAAAAGAUACUUGUUAAGCUUAUCCAGGAUUUUGCACAAAUACAGCUUCAGCUACAGAAACAACCAAUUGUACAUAAAGAUAAUGUUCAGAGAAUGUUGAUGCAUAAGAUAAUCCAGCAUGUGAAGCGUGGAAUCAAGGAUGUAUUAGUACUGGCAAAGGUUGUGUUAUUUAUACAACCACUUGUAACUAAUUAAAAGGUGAUCGAGACACUUGUAAUAAAUUGUUUGGAUACAGUUCAGGAAUAAUAACUAAUUACAAAACAGUAUAAUGUUAUAAUGAUUCAACUGCAACAGUAGAUUCAUUUUGUAAAAUAAAGACAUGCAUAAUGGCAACAGGAAUGACUGAAGGUUCAUGUGAUGGUUUCUUAAGUGGAUGUGCAUUUGAUGGAAAAGAUAGUUGUGUAGAUCCAGAAACAGCAACUUGCAGUGAUUAUUAUGGUGUUUCAUCAUUUUGUGAAGGAGUAAAAAUCAAAGAUUAAGGUGAUAAAUAUUGUUAUGGUACAGCAACAGCAGCUAAAUGUACAAUAAGAAGAUGUGAAGAUAAUGCUGAUGCUAAUACAACAGAUGAUAUAUGUGAAGGAUUUAAAACAGGUUGUGUUGCUAAAACAACAGGAGGAUGUAUAGCUAAGACAGCAAUUGCAUGUUCAUCAUAAACAGGAACUAGUGAAACAUGCCCCAAUUUCUCAGCUAGUACAGGAAAAUGUUAAAGAUAUAAUACAUGUUAAGAUAGAGCUUGUGCAGAUAUCACAAAUCCAAAUGGUCAUUAAGAUUGUAUGACUUACAAAUCAACUUGUAGAUUCUUGAAAACAGGAUCAGCGUGCAUAAAUCAUAAUGUAUGUGCAUCAUAUAAUGUUCCAGAUUCAACAGCAACAAGCUAAGCCAAAUUUGAUUAUUGUACUACAAUCACUGAUUCAAAUGGUAAAUUAUGUGGAUAUAAAACUGGAAAUACCUGUGCAGAUAGAACUUGUGAUUAAAUGCUAGGUACUUAUUCAACAACUUUGGCAUGUACAUCUUACAUAUCUACAACUACAACUACUGGUACUGGAACCUGUAAAUUGGCUGGUACUGGAUCUACAGCUGUAUGCUAUGCUCCUUUGAAUACUUGCGCCUAUACCCAUAAUAUAAGUGGAACUGAUGAUGCUAAAGUAACAGAGUGUCAAAAAUAUGUUAAUGAUAAAGAUAUUAAAUGUACCUACAUAACUGGUCCUUAAUGUACAACAUAAUCUACAUGCGAAAAGAUUAUCACUUAAACAGAUGAAAAGACUUGUAAUGACUUUUUAUAUCCAAAUGGUAAAGGUGUUUGUUAAAAAGUAACUGAUUCCACUUGUUUAACUACAGUAGAAGUAGCAUCAGGUUGUACUGGCUAUAAAAUAGAUUAAACAAAGACAGAAGCAUAAAAGAAGGCACUGUGCUAAAGUUUGUAUGUAAUUGAUGAUGUUGAUAAUCACGGUGCUGGAACUGGUAAAUUUACAAAGUGCAUAUAUAAAUCAACUGCUACUAGUACAUGCUCUGCUAUUAGUACUUGUGCUGAUAUUCCAUCAGCCAGUAGCCAAACUGAUUGUAAUAACUAAUUAACUGGCUGUUUUUAUUUCAAUGGAUUAUGUUAUGGUGUAUAAAAUACAUGCGCUGGCGCAACUAUUCCUAAUAGUGCUAAUACUGACACAUUAAAAUCAUUAUUUUGUCAUAGUAUGAAGACAGCCUCUACUUAUUGCAAACUUAAUGCUGGUAAAACUGCAUGUGAAGAUGGAGUUGCAGCUUGUGCUACAUUUGACAUUUCAUCAAUUACUGGGGGAUAAUGGGAUAAUGCUGCUAUUACUGUUUCCAGCUAUUGUUUAGCUGUAGCAGACAAAACAAAAAAAAUAUUUUGUAAAGCCGGAACAAGCCCCAAUUGUGCUGCAGCAACAUGUGAGGAUAUUCCAGGCCCAUAAAACUAGGGAGAUUGUGAUAAUAGAAUACUUGGUUGUGCCUUUUCAAAUGGAAAAUGUAGAACUUUUAAUCCAGCAGGAACAGAUUGCACAGCUAUUGAUCUUACUACUGCUGCUGCUGAUAUCAAUACACCAUCAGGAAAAACAUAAUUUUGUUAAUCUAUCACUCAGACUAUCAGUUCUACUGCAACUCCUUGCACAUACAAUGAACACAAAACAGGUACUGCUGAUACUACAUGUGCUGCUACUGGUGCUUGCUCAACAUAUAACGUACUUCCAGAUGAUGCGGCUACAAAACUUACUUAUUGUAAUAGCAAAGUAGAUGAUAAAUUUCAUAAGUGCACCUUUACAACAGGUGCCUCAAGCUGUAGAGAUUAUGAUUGCUUCGAUAUCUCUAAUCCAACAUCACAAAUUUCAUGUGAUUUAGGAACUCCUGGAAAAACAUGCACUUAUAUUUCAGGAACCUGUUAUAAUACAACUGAUGGAUGUGCUAAAAUUCCAACAUCAGGAACAGAUAAGAAAGCAUAUUGUGAAUUAUUAACAUCUGCCACAAUUAAAUGUACUUACAUUUCAGGAGACUUUUGUACUCCAAAAGUAGCAGAUUGUAAAGGUUAUAAUGUUACAGAUGCUACUAAUAAGUCAACUACAUGCAAUUCAUUAAAAACUACAACCAAUGGCGAGUGUACUUAUGUUUGGGGUAAUAAAUGUGCUGCACUAGGUGCUUGUGAAACUUAUGUUGGUACGACUGAUCCAGAAUAAGGACCAGAAACUGGUAGUGAAGAAACUUAAUGCAAGAGUUUGAAAGAUGCUGCUAGAAAAUACCCAUGCAUUAAACAUGAUACAGAUGCUAAAAAAUGCAGAGCCUAGGUAUGUGCUGAUAAUGAUAAUGAUGAAACGGGAUGUGCAAGCAAUGUUAACGGUUGCAUAUACUACUAAACUAAAUGUAUACAAAAAACUACUUGUGCAUCAUAUACCGUCCCAGGAGAUUUAGCAGGUAAUACUGAAAAACAAGCAUGGUGUGAAGGAGUUACUGAUUCAAAUAAUAAUAAAUGUAAAUGGGAUGGCACCAAAUGUGCUGAUAGAACAUGCAAUGAUUCUGCAACAGCCAACUUUUACACUACUUCUGAUUGUAAAAGUUAUUUAAAAACUUGUAAGACUAAUGGCUAAAAAUGUGUAGAUGAAACUUCAGGUUGUAGUACUUUUACAGGUAACCAGCCAUAUUGUGAAUAUUUACUUGAUAAUACAGCUAAAGAUUAUUGUAAACUGAAUAGUGGUGCUGUUGUAUCUGGUGCUUGCUAAAUUAGAACAUGCUAUGAUAAUGUGUCUGCUCAAUCUGAUUCAGAUUGUGAAACUUGGUUGAAAGGAUGUGUGACCAGAGGUAAAGGAUGCAUUCCAAGAAAUAAACCUUGCUCUGAUUAUAGAGGAACUAAAUCAUCAUGUGAAGCAUUUAAAUAAUUUUCUCAUGUCGAUUCUGAAACAAAACUAGAUGUUUACAUUUUAUGUUCUGGAGACGCUUCAAAUACUGAGACUAGUAAAUGCAAAGAUAGAAAAUGUUCAGACAAUACAAGUGCCACUUCAAAUGAUGAAUGCUAGGCCUAUUUAAAUGGUUGUGUAACAAAAGGAACUGGAUGUGUUGAAAAAACUGCUGAUUGCUCAGCAUACAAAGGAACAAGAGAUGUUUGUAGUAAAUUCAUGGGAUCUAAUGGAUUAGAUUAUUGCUAUAAUGUCAGUAAUGCUACAGAAACAUCCUCUUGUUAAAAGAAGAAAUGCUCAGAUAUUACAGGUACUGAUAAUAAAACAUGCAGUGAUGGAAUGAAACCAUUUAAAGUUACUGAUAAACCUUUCUGUGUUUAUAAUGGCACUGGAUGUGAUACUUAUGGUAAGAAGUGUGAAGAAUUCAAAGGAACAGAUAACAAAGAUGAUUUAAAUUCUUGUUCAAAAUAUAUUGCAAGUAACGGGCCAUGCAAAGCAACCUCUGUUGGAACAAUUGUUGGAAGUUGUGCCAAAAGAGUUUGUACAGAAGCUCCAAAUACUUUGAAAACUGAUAAGGAAUGCUAAGAUUAUCAUCCAGAAUGUUUAACUACUGGUUAUGGAUGUACUUCAACUAUCAAAUGCAAUACUUUGACUAAUUAAGAUUCUUGCAAAUCAAGACCUUAAUGCACUUGGGCUAACUUAUGUGAACCUAAAAAGAAUUCAUGUUCUGCAUAAAGUGGAACAAGUCAAUCUAAUUGUGUUAAUACAGUAAUAACAUAUGAAAUCGAUAAGGUUUCAUACAAAAAGUAUUGUGCUUGGACAGAAACAGGUAAUGUAUGUAGAGAUCAAAAAUGUGAAGAUCUAUCUGCAACUAUCAACACUCAUAAAUAAUGCAAUGAUUUUGAUAAGGGUUGUACUACCACAGGUUCUGGUUGUAUUACAAUGACAGUUUGUUCUGGAUAUAAGACUGAAUCAAUUUGUAAAAAUGCUUCAUAUGUCAGAGAUACUAAGACUGGAGAAUUGGGAAGAUGUGGAUGGGAAAAUAAUAAAUGUAGAGAAAGAAUUUGUCAAGAUUUGAGUGGAAAGACUGAUGCUGAAUGUGAUGCACAUUUGAGUGGUUGUAAAACAAAUGGAACAGAAUGUGUUUAAGCAUUAUCUUGUUCUGACUUCAAGACAUAAUAAUAUUGUCUCUCAUCAAAGAGUGGACCUUGUCUUUGGGUUCAAAGUAAUUCAACUUGCUAUGAUUAUGAUAGAUGUGAGGAUGCUUUAGUAAAAACUCAUGAGGGUUGUUAAGCCUUUUCUCCUCUUUGUACUACUAAUGGGGAAACUUGUAUACCAAUUACAUCUUGUGCUAAAACUGUCUUAAAGGCAUCAUGUGUUAAGGGUACAGAUGGUAUUUGUGGAUAUUUACCAACUGAUAAAUGCUAAUUAUUCGAUAAAUGUUCAGAUGCAGUCUCAAAUGAUUAAAAUGCAUGCUUAGCAUAUGGUGGUUGUAUUACUGAUGGAAUAGCUUGUGUUGCUAAGGGUAAAUGCGGUGACUACAAAACAGAAAUUUCAUGCAAAAAUAAUCUUGGAAGCGAUGGAAUUUGUUUCUGGAAUGGUUCAUCAUGCAAAUUGAAGGAAUGUUCAGAUCUUAUAGGAACUACAUACGAAGGUUGUCGAUCUCAAGUUAUCAGUUCUGGUACUUGUACAACUGAUGGAUCUAAAUGUGUUCCUCUUGGACUUUGCUCAAGUUAUACAGAGGCUGGAUGCUACUAAGGAACAGAUGGUACAUGUAUCUACUCUUAUCCUGUUGGUUAAACUACAGGAGCAAAAUCAUGUAGAUUAAAGUAAUGUGAAGAUAUAGAUAAAGGAAUUAAUAAUUCUGCUUGUAGCAAUGUUAUUCCCGGUAAAGAAUGUGUUUCUAAUACAAAGAACUGUAUUCCAAAAGCAGCUUGUUCAACAUACAAAACUUUAGAAGCAUGUAAUGGAGGAGGAUUAGAUGGUACAAACAAAGUUGUUUGCGCAUUCACACCUAAUUCAGCUACUGAUAAAGUUAACGGAACUUGCAAGACCUUUACAUAAUGCUCUGAUGCUAAUGCUGAUCCUACAGCCUGUGAAACUAACAAGAGUUGCAAAAAGACUUAAUCUGGAACUACCACAUCUUGUGUUCCCCAUACUUGUGAUACAUUUGCAACAAGUACUGAUUGCCAACCAGUUCCUAGCUUUGAUGGUAAAGGCUUCACUAUUUGUACUUUACAAAAUAAUAAGUGUGCACCUGGUGAUCCUGGAACCAUAACUGAUCCAAAGAUAUGCUACACUAAAUCUGCCUAUACUUAUACAUGGAAUUAAACAACUAAUAAGUGCGAAAAAUGCUUAGCUGGCUCUACAUAACCAAAUAACACAAAUAAUAAUACCGAUAAUACCACUACUGAUCCUAAUACUGAUGAUUAUGGCAUGAUUCUAUCCAUAAUUACAUUAGGACUAUUUGGAAUUAUGGCCUGAAAAUGAUUUUAUAAAUAUA